UACGCUCCCCCCGCCCCCUUCCCGCGCCUUCUGCUGACGCUGACGUCGGAUGAGGGACCUGGAGGGACGUUCCGACCGCGGCCGGGAGGCUCCUGGGGGCCAGGGCUCCGAGGUUAUAAUAUAACUUAUCCUCUCAUGCUUCUUCUCUACCCCUUCUCCCCAAAUCAUCAACAGUAGAAAAGGGAGAAAACAUGUCAGGACACAAGUGCAGUUAUUCCUGGGACUUGCAGGAUCGAUAUGCUCAAGAUAAGUCAGUUGUAAAUAAGAUGCAGCAGAAGUACUGGGAAACGAAGCAGGCCUUUAUUAAAGCCACAGGGAAGAAAGAAGAUGAGCAUGUUGUGGCCUCCGACGCAGACCUGGAUGCCAAGCUAGAGCUGUUUCACUCCAUUCAAAGAACCUGUUUGGACUUGUCUAAAGCAAUUGUACUAUAUCAAAAGAGGAUAUGUUUCUUGUCUCAAGAAGAAAACGAACUGGGAAAAUUUCUCCGAUCCCAAGGCUUCCAAGAUAAAACCAGAGCAGGGAAAAUGAUGCAGGCGACAGGAAAGGCCCUCUGCUUUUCUUCCCAGCAAAGGUUGGCCUUGCGAAAUCCUUUGUGUCGUUUUCACCAAGAAGUGGAGACUUUUCGGCAUCGGGCCAUCUCAGAUACUUGGCUGACGGUAAACCGCAUGGAGCAGUACCGGACAGAAUACAGAGGAGCGUUAUUAUGGAUGAAGGACGUGUCUCAGGAGCUUGAUCCAGACCUCUACAAGCAAAUGGAGAAGUUCAGGAAGGUACAAACACAAGUACGCCUUGCAAAAAAAAACUUUGACAAAUUGAAGAUGGAUGUGUGUCAAAAAGUGGAUCUUCUCGGAGCAAGCAGAUGCAAUCUCUUGUCUCACAUGCUAGCAACAUACCAGACCACUCUGCUUCAUUUUUGGGAGAAAACUUCUCAUACUAUGGCAGCCAUCCAUGAGAGCUUCAGAGGUUAUCAACCAUAUGAAUUCACCACGUUAAAGAGCUUACAAGACCCUAUGAAAAAACUAGUUGAGAAAGAAGAAAAGAAGAUCACCCAGCAGAAAAGUGCAGAGGCAGCCGUGCAGGAGCCGAGCCAAUUAAUUUCAUUAGAGGAUGAAAACCAGCACAAGGAAUCCUCUAGUUUUAAGACUGAAGAUGGAAAAAGUAUUUUAUCUGCCUUAGACAAAAGCUCUACACAUCACUCACGCUCAGGACCUGUAGAUGAACUACUAGACAUGAAACCUGAGGAAGGUGCUGGCCUGGGCCCAAUGACAGGGACCCCAGAACCGGAAGGUGCUGAGAAAGAUGACCUGCUGCUGCUGAGUGAGAUCUUCAACGCUUCUUCCCUGGAAGAGGGUGACUUCAGCAAAGAGUGGGCGGCUGUGUUUGGAGACGAUCGGCUGAAGGAGCCAGCACCACUUGCAGCCCUGGGAGAGCUGGACCCCAAGCCCCAGGCGGGGUCAGGAUUCCUUCCUUCGCAGCUUUUAGACCAAAAUAUGAAAGACUUACAGGCCUCGCUACAAGGCUGGUCAGAGAGCAAUGUCAAUCUUCCUUCUACUGCAUGGCCAGCACCAAAGACAAGCAGUCCAAAUGACAACAGACCUGCAGUGAAAGAGCCUUCUAAGGCCGCCUCGGACCUGACUGCCUGGUUCAGCCUCUUUGCUGACCUCGACCCAUUAUCAAACCCUGAUGCUGUGGGGAAAACUGAUAAAGAACAUGAAUUACUCAAUGCAUGAGUCUGCAGCCUUCAGGAGGAAGCCCACGUGCUGCUCCUCAGCAGUUCACCUGCGGGCGAGCAGAAGUAUAAUGUGAUCAGUAUGCUGUUUUAAUAUUUAUGUGCCAUUUUAAUAAAACGAAAGGGUCCCAGGCCCGGUUUAUA